GGCCGGGGGUGGGAGACAGAGGGGUGCUGUCACCCCGAAAAGCCAGGCUGUGACCCCCAGGACCGGCCGGGGUCACUGUUGGUCGGUCCUGCCUUGGCAUUUUCCGCCUCUCCCAGGGCUCCUGUUGGAAAUUGGGACUGGUCUCUUCCCUCCCCAGCAGCAGCAGCAGCAGCAGCAGCAGCAGCAGCAGCAGCACCACCUCGUCCUCCCGGUCGUCGGCCCGGGUGCCCUGGUCCCUGCCCCCGGUGGUGCCGGUGCCGCCGCGCUCCCCUUGCCCAUGGUGAUGCCAUGCCCCGCACCCUCGGCGGGGGAGAGGAGGGCGGCUCCGCCGGGCUCUGGGUGAAGAGCGGCUCGGGGGUGGCGGGGGGCCGGGGCCGCCGGGGUCCCGGCAUGAAGGAUGUGGAGUCCGGCCGCGGCAGGGGGCUGCUGACCUCGGCCGCCCGAGGGGACGGCUUGCUGCUGCGGGAGAACCGGCGGGGCAAGCAGGGCGCCCGGAUGAGCCUGCUGGGGAAGCCGCUGGCCUACAACAGUAGCCAGAGCUGCCGGAGGACCGCCAAGUACCGCAGGGUGCAGAACUAUCUGUACAACGUGCUGGAGAGGCCCCGCGGGUGGGCGUUCAUCUACCAUGCCUUCGUGUUUCUCCUUGUCUUUGGUUGCUUGAUUUUGUCCGUGUUUUCCACCAUCCCAGAGCACACAAAAUUGGCCUCCAGUUGCCUCUUGAUUCUGGAGUUUGUUAUGAUUGUCGUCUUUGGUUUGGAGUUUAUCAUACGUAUCUGGUCUGCGGGUUGCUGUUGUCGAUACAGAGGAUGGCAAGGAAGAUUAAGAUUUGCCAGGAAACCAUUCUGUGUUAUAGAUACUAUUGUUCUGAUUGCUUCAAUAGCAGUUGUUUCUGCAAAAACUCAGGGUAACAUUUUUGCCACAUCCGCACUCAGAAGCCUUCGCUUCCUUCAAAUUCUCCGUAUGGUGCGCAUGGACCGAAGAGGAGGAACUUGGAAAUUAUUAGGCUCGGUUGUUUAUGCUCACAGCAAGGAAUUAAUCACAGCCUGGUACAUAGGAUUUUUGGUUCUUAUUUUUUCAUCUUUCCUUGUCUACCUGGUGGAAAAGGAUGCAAACAAGCAGUUUUCUACUUACGCGGAUGCUCUUUGGUGGGGCACGAUUACACUGACAACGAUUGGCUAUGGAGACAAAACUCCUCUAACUUGGCUUGGAAGAUUGCUCUCUGCAGGGUUUGCACUCCUCGGCAUUUCUUUCUUUGCCCUACCUGCUGGCAUUCUUGGCUCAGGAUUUGCAUUAAAAGUACAGGAACAGCAUCGACAGAAACAUUUUGAGAAAAGAAGGAAUCCAGCUGCCAGUCUAAUUCAGUGUGUAUGGCGUAGUUAUGCGGCUGAUGAGAAGUCGGUUUCCAUUGCUACUUGGAAGCCUCAUUUGAAGGCCUUGCAUACCUGCAGCCCUACAAAGAAAGAACAAGGAGAAACUACAAGCAGCCAGAAGCUAAGUUUUAAAGAGCGUGUGCGGAUGGCUAGCCCCCGGGGUCAGAGCGUUAAGAGCAGACAGCCAUCGGUCGGAGAUCGCCGGUCCCCAAGCGCGGACAUCACAGCCGAGGGCAGCCCCACUAAAGUGCAAAAGAGCUGGAGCUUCAACGACCGAACCCGCUUUCGGCCAUCUCUUCGUCUGAAAAGUUCUCAGCCAAAACCAGUAAUAGAUGCUGACACUGCUCUUGGAACAGAUGAUAUAUAUGAUGAGAAAGGAUGUCAGUGUGAUGUAUCAGUGGAAGAUCUCACCCCACCCCUUAAGACUGUCAUUAGAGCCAUCAGAAUUAUGAAAUUUCAUGUUGCAAAAAGAAAAUUUAAGGAGACUCUGCGUCCAUAUGAUGUGAAAGAUGUCAUCGAACAGUAUUCCGCUGGACACCUGGAUAUGUUAUGUAGAAUUAAAAGUCUUCAAACGCGAGUUGACCAAAUUCUUGGAAAGGGGCAAAUCACAACGGAUAAGAAAAACCGUGAGAAGAAUACUGCAGAGAAUGAGGCAACUGAUGACCUCAGUAUGUUGGGACGGGUUGUCAAAGUCGAGAAACAGGUACAGUCCAUAGAAUCAAAACUCGACUGCCUACUAGAUAUAUAUCAACAGGUCCUGAGGAAAGGCUCAGCCUCAGCCCUGACUUUGGCUUCAUUUCAAAUUCCACCUUUCGAAUGUGAGCAGACAUCCGAUUAUCAAAGUCCCGUGGACAGCAAAGACCUGUCUAAUUCCGCCCAAAACAGUGGUUGCUUAUCCAGAUCGGCAAGCGCCAACCUCUCCCGAGGCCUACAGUUUAUACUGACGCCAAAUGAGUUUAGCACUCAGACUUUCUAUGCUCUUAGUCCCCCUAUGCAUAGUCAAGCCUCCCAGGUGCCAAUGAAUCAAAACGAUGGACCCGCGUUGGCAGUCACCAAUAACAUUGCAAACCAAAUAAACCAGGCGGCCAAGCCAGCGGCUCCAACGACGUUACAGAUCCCGCCUUUCCCAUCCAUCAAGCAUAUUACCAGGCCUGAGCCUAUUCAAAUCAGCCCUGCGUCCAUGCAGGAUAGUAUCCCAGACAUCACCGCCUGCCUUGUUGCCUCAAAGGAAAGUAUUCAGGUCGCCCAGGCGAACCUGACCAAGGAUCCUUCUUUGAGGAAAAGCUUUGACACGGGAGGGGAAACUCUGUUAACGGUUCGGCCGGGGGCCCAGAGGGACCUGGGCAAGUCGCUGUCGGUACAAAACCUGAUCAAGCCGGCCGAGGACCUGAACGUCCAGCUUUCAGGGAGUGACUCGAGCGGCUCCAGGGGCAGCCAGGAGUUCUACCCUAAGUGGCGGGAGGCCAGAUUGUUUAUAACUGACGAAGAGGUGGGGACGGCGACCGAAACGGACAUCUUGGAGGGCGUCUCUCAGCCGGCCGUGGAAACGGUUUUCUCUUCUGACUCUCUGAGGACUGGAAUGUCGAGAUCAUCUCAAAGUAUCUGUAAGGCCGGGGACGGUGCCGACGCACUCACCCUGCCUCACGUCAAGCUUAAAUAAUGUCUUGGUUUUCUUUCUAGGCUUAGUAAUUCCUUUAGCCAUACAUAUCAUUGCAUGAACUGGUCUGACAGCCCUUUAGAAAAAGAUCAGAUUUCAAGAAUCGGGAAGAAAAUGGAAGGCAGUUGAAUGAGCCCAUUAUCUUCUAAUUGCAUGAAAAUGCAUGUUUAAGGGAUGGCAAAAAUUCCAAGUUCCACUACAUUAACCCAUUCAUUUACAGAGGUACACAAGCUAAAAAUCCUGGGACACCUACCCCCCCGAGACUGCGGCGUGUGGGAAAAAGCCAAGAUUUGAACAUUCGAAAACGCUGGUUUGACCGCGGUGCAGAAGCAAACGUCUUGAAAUGCUAAGCACUUUUGCAUCUGGGUUAAUUACACGAUGUCUUUCCAGAAUUAGGUGAUAGUUUAUGUUUACAACAGAAGUACUAUCUACAGCUGCUAGCAAGGUACCACGUACUAUGGGGUUAGAAAUGGCUGCUAGUUGCAAGGUACACAUGUCAACUCAUUACUCAACUUAUUUUAUUACUAACAUAUUAGAACGUUUAUUUCUGUAUAUUUUGGGUGAUUUGGUGUUGUGGAAACUCAUUUUGCACACCACUGUCAGUUGUUCUUUAUGACAAGAACAUGCUUUUAUUCUGAAGCGAGCGAACGCAAAUAAGGUCCAGGGCUAGGGGUCGGUUGGGGAAGGGAGCUAGGGGGAAGGAAGUCGAAUUCUCCUGGGGAGGCUGGAAGUGAGAAGGAACUGUCCCUUGACCGUAUCUACACUUCUGAAAACCCUACCCCAGUCGAUUGAAGCAUUUCAGCAACCCAAGGUUCUGGGGAAGAGGAGGUGUGGCUUUGAGUGAAAACCUGGUUAUUCCUCCCCUCAGGCUAGGAGUGCUAAUGUCAGGAAAGCUGGUGUGGGACAGCACAAGAGAGAUAUGAAAAUUACAAUGGGAAUGAGGUGGGAAAAGGUGAAAGGAAAAAGAAACCACCCAAGGAAAGGAAAAAUAUGAAGAAGAGAGGAAGCCUCGCUCCAAGACAGCAAGGAGGAGACAGAGGUAAAAAGAAAACCAAAAAAAAUUGGGAAAAGCUGAAAACAAAAGGUUGAAUAGGGCUGCCAGCCCAUUCUUGCCCUCCUACAAGGGGUUCUACACAGCGCUCUAACUUUUCCUAUUUAGAAAUAUUUUCCCUCUUGAAUCGAGCAAGUGUCCAGGAAACGGUUUUUUAGAUCAAUCUAAAACCAAGUCCCUUUGGGUUUGGUAGAACAUCACAAAGUGAUUGGCUGAAUUAGGAGAAUUUUGAUAAUCUGGCAUGAGACUCUAAAGGUGGAAUCCUAGCAGAGUGGAAGAGAUUGAAAACGAAAAAGCAGAGAACAACAGAGAAGGACAGACUGACUCAGGGGAGGAAACAAAAUUGAAAAAGCCAUUAGCCCCUAAAAUGCGCCUUAUGAGUCGCAGGUGGCAAAUGCUACUUGCAGAAAAUCAAUUCGUAUUGCCCACAGUAGCAAACGGAAUUGGGGAAGCCUCACACCAAAGGUACAAUAACAAAACCAACUAAAUUAGCCAAGGAAAGAAGAGAGCGGGCCAUGUCAACAUUUGUAAAGCACAAACAGCCUUUCAAGGUGAUUAUUUCCUAUUUUUCCUUGAAAUCUGUGACCCGUCCCCCAACCAUCUCUUCCCCAGCUGUGGAUUUCACAGACAUUGUAAAAUUGUACUUCUUUCCCUUGGCUCCUUUUGCCCCUCUCUUCCCAAUGCCUGUUCCGUUUAAUUUAGCUGAAAUAGCUACUUUCUUUUGAACUCCAUUUGACCUUAACCAGACUUCAAUUCCCUCCACACCCCAACGAAGCCAGAGCUCAAUUAUCCCCAAAUGCCUACCACAGUGCCAGGCGCUGAAUAGGCUCUUAACGAAGAUUAAUUGAGGAUGAGGGCAAGAGGGAGAAGGAGGAGGAAAAGGAGGAGGAGGAGGAUGAAGAAGAGGAGGGGGUAAGAGGAAGGCGUCAGAGAAGAAGGAGGAAGAGGAGGAGGAUACCCUCUGCCACCUUAUCUUGAAACUCCAAUUCUGCAACCUCUCCCCUGACUCAUGAUCAGACUAGCCUGAUUCAUUCCUCACUGGCAGCAAGAAUUCUGAAUGUAUGCGGAUAUGACCCGGGGGCUCCCCCUGAGCAGUUCUGGGAAAGGCAAGAAAUCCUAAUUUGGGAUUUAGGCUAUGUGAAGUCACUUCGGUCUUAAUCAUGGCAAAAUGCUGUAAACUGUAUUGUGAAGGACUUGAACUAUUUACUCUGAAUGCAUUAUCAUUUCCGCCUCCACCUUUCUUUUACACAAGAAUUCUCAUACGUUACACGAUAGCUAUGUUUUGCAAAACUAGCCCCAUACUGUCGUAUAUGUCGUGUGAAUGUCUCUGAUUUAUGGAAGAUGAGCUUUGUUCUCAGGGAUUUGCCAGAACAAAGCCCAGUUGGUAAAUUUGGGAAAGGUGUCUUGAAGCACAAUUAGCUGAGCACUUGAAUAGCCAUGAGAUUUUCUCUAAAUUCGUAUUUUCUUACCUUCUUCAGAAUGUAUGUCUAGCCAUGCUGAUGCUUAGCUGCAGAAAAUAAUUUGUGUGAGGUUGAGUAAGGUUUGUGAAAUUCUCGAAUCACCUCUCUGAAUGUUUGCAUUUUGUCUGGCCCAGCCAGGAACUGUACAAGGUACAAAAUCUUUGUCAAAUCUUUAAGGUUGGCCUUUGUCCAGUGCUUUUAAGGUGCCUUUCUCGCUUCGUGCUGACUCUCAUCGGCUUCAUCAUCAUCAAAGGUAUUUAUUGAGUGCUUAUUAUGUGCAGAGCACUGUACUAAGCGCUUGAGAGAGUACAGUACAACGGAGUAGGUAGGCUUGUUCCCUGCCCACAACGAGCUUUACUACUCGGAGAGUUCUCAGUCUUUAAUUUGGAAGGUUUAGGCACAAAGAAUGCAUUAUUCUGAAUUCAUCAUCAUUUCUGCCUCUGGUUUUCUUUUACACAAAGAUUCUAAUCCCAGUUAUCAUGGAAGAUCCAACAAGUAUGAAGAGCACUGGGUGAAUGGCAACCAACCUACUAAACCCACAUUAAAGUUCUCCUUUCAUUCAACAAGAAGGCAUCACAAAUUGACUUUUAUCUGGUUUGAAGUGUAUCUCCCAGAUCUUGGCAUUGCUUUAAAUGUCGUCCUGGUGUUCCCUUGCUUUGUUUUGUUUAUUGUAACUUUGUAUCCAUAAAUGAGCAGUUCUAAAGAUACUAUAUAAAAAUGGAAUGGUCUCUUUCAUAUAAAACAAACAAAUCAGGAAUACUGUACCCUUGCUGGGUCACUACAGAAAAUUCUGGUAAUUUGGUUUCCUUUUCCAUUCGCAUGGUGUUUUUUUUGUCUGUUUAAAGCAAGAAUUUUCAUAUUACAAUUGAGUCAACCAGAACCAUCUGCAGUAAUUAUCCAAGAAAAUGUUUUUGACAGGGCCAGCUUCAGACAUUUGGCUGGCCAAGAGGAGGAAGUAUUUGCCACUUAUUCCCGUUCCAUACGACAUCAUCCGUUGGUGCCGAUAGCAUUCGCGGCAUUCUGAAUCACUUCGGCAUAUCAUGCUGCAUGUACAGAGAGCAAAAGGUAAUGAUGACAUGCAGAAGCCCACUUGAACCCCCAGUUGGAGUGUUUGGGGGACCCCGACCCACCCCCGUCAUUCCAGGGUUAUCGUGUUUCUCCCCGACCCCAGGUCCCUGGUAACACAGGAGCCUCUUUCACUUUGGGCUGAGCACUUUAAAAUGUUUAACCACCACUGUGCCUGUCCCCCCUAAUAUUAUGCCUGAGCUGCUGCUUCCGCCCUAGCAGGCCAUCACCUCCUCUCCGACAUUGCCCCGCAAGGCGGUUGCCUACCUGGCUUACUGUCUGAAGCUGGUCCUGGCUUUUGAGGGAAAUCGUUCUUUUUUGUGUGUCAUCAGCAGAAAUUUUCCCAUCGAGUAAUGUUCCUUGGACCUUACAUUCAGUCUGACGAUUGGAAGCCCCAAAUACAUAAGGAAUGUCUAAGUCGUAGUUGACUGAUAGAGAAUAAAAGAUAAAGAAUGUUUUGGGACAUCAGUUAUGUUCAUGUUCAACAGUGAAUUGAUAUCCUUGCACUAAGGACUUAUUUCAGUUAUCCCAUAAAUGGAAAUACCUUCUAUUUCAAAGUCAAUACAGUGUUUUAGGAUAUUCAGUAGAGAUUCACGCUAAUAGUCACAGUGCGGCACCAUUAUGUUUGGGGGAAAAUCUUAUGUCAAAUAAUAGUACUUUUCACUUAAGCAGAGUUUUCAUCUUCAAACCUGUUCCAACCUUCAAUAAAAGAAAGUCUGUCCAAUA